UGCGGCGCGCAACCGAGAGGCGGCCGCGGUGGCGGCGCUGCACGCAGCCAGGACCCUGUUGGGCGCGGGGGUGGCUAAUCAUUGCUCGUCCACCCCCGAGCCGCCCUUCUGGAAGAUGCCUCACAAAGAAGAAGAUUUGAUGCACGCCGGGGGCCUCGGGGGUGGCUCGAUGGUGAGUCAGAAUGCGAUAUUUGGUUGCUCAGCCGCGGGACACAGUGGCGUCAAUCAGCUCGGUGGCGUUUACGUCAAUGGCAGGCCACUGCCCGACUCAACGAGGCAGAAGAUCGUCGAGUUGGCCCAUAGUGGUGCCCGGCCGUGCGACAUAUCGCGGAUACUCCAAGUCAGCAACGGCUGCGUCUCCAAGAUCCUCGGCAGGUACUACGAGACUGGCUCGAUAAAGCCCCGAGCGAUCGGCGGAAGCAAGCCGCGCGUAGCCACGACGCCGGUUGUCAAUAAAAUAGCGGAUUACAAGCGCGAGUGUCCCUCGAUUUUUGCGUGGGAAAUCCGGGAUCGGUUGCUGCAGGAGGGCGUUUGCAAUAACGACAACAUACCCAGCGUCUCGUCGAUAAACAGGGUACUGCGAAACUUGGCCUCGCAGAAGGAGCAGCAGGCGGCGGCCGUGCAUGUGCACCAGGGCACCGAGUCCGUCUACGAUAAGCUGCGCAUGUUCAAUGGCCAGGCCGGCUGGCCCCACGCCUGGUACUCGACCACCGCGCCAACGCACCACUCCCUCGGCACCGCCUUACCCGGUACCACGGCACCAGGCACGGGACAGUCGCUCCUGCCCGUCGGCGGACAGCUACACCCACGCGACGACUCCCUGCUCAAGCGCACAGAUACCGGAUCGCUGCUGUCUCACAAUCAGGAAACAACGUCGGACGGCAACUCGGAACACAACUCGUCCGGCGACGAGGAUUCGCAAGUCCGACUGAGGCUGAAACGGAAACUUCAGCGCAACCGGACGUCCUUUUCGAACGAACAGAUCGACAGUCUCGAGAAAGAAUUCGAGCGGACGCAUUACCCGGACGUGUUUGCCAGGGAGCGCCUCGCCGAGAAGAUUGGAUUGCCUGAGGCACGUAUCCAGGUGUGGUUCAGCAAUAGACGCGCCAAGUGGCGUCGCGAGGAAAAGCUGCGCAACCAAAGAAGGGCGUCCGUGGACACGGUGGUGGGCGGUGCGAGCAGUGCCAGCAGUGGCAAUGGAUCGGCGCCACCCGCAGCCACGCCGGCGACCCCCAGGAUACCGCUCAACGCCGGCUUCAACACCAUGUACUCGUCGAUACCCCAGCCCAUCGCCACCAUGCCCGACACCUACAGUUCGAUGUCGAGCAGCUUGGGCGGUUCGAUGGGCGGCAGUUGUCUGCAGCAGCGGGCCGAUGGUUACCCGGCCUACGUCUUCCACGAGCCCCUGCAUUCGCUCACCCAGUCGUACUCGCACGCGGCCCACCAGUCGGCCGCAGCAGCUGCUGCCCACUCCCAGACCCAUCGGGCCCUACCGCCGUCCUCGCACGGCCCCGGCACCCCCACCACACCAGCCGGCCAGCCGACCGGGACCAGUGGCUCGCCCUACCAGCCUGCGACCUCCGCCGCGACCGGGCAAUAG